CUGCCAUUGAUGACACUGAGGAGACUAAAAUGGGAGAACAUCACUGGAGCCCUGCUGUCAGUGAAGAGAGAGACAUAAAGGCGACUGACCACCGACAGCCAUUCGAAAAGAGCCGAACGGAUGCUUCAUUUUCAAUGAUCGUCACAAGGUGUGAAGAGGUGUGAAGUCGUCAGACCUUCAGGCUGGUGUUGGUGAAAUCCGAAAGGCUUCUAAUGUGUUAUCUCCCAUCUUGUCUCUGUCACCAUGCCCACCUUUCCACCUCUGGGCAGUAACUCCAGCACAGUGCCCUGGGACCCCGGCGCACCUUCUCUGGUGAACAGCACGGUGAAGAUGGUGCUUAUAUCAGCGAUCGUGUGCACGUCACUGUUUGGAAAUGUUGUGGUGCUGCUGGUAUUCCAGCGCAAGCCGCAGCUUCUCCAUGUUGCCAACCGUUUCGUGCUUAACCUGCUCCUGGCCGACCUACUGCAGACGGUGCUAGUCAUGCCCUUCGCCAUCGCUGCAACUGUGCCUGAGGUCUGGCCGCUGGACGCCAGGCUGUGCCAGGCUCUUGUGGUGCUCAUGCACCUGUUUGCAUUCGCUGGCGUCAACACCAUUAUCGUGGUGUCCGUGGAUCGCUACUUGGCCAUUAUCCACCCGCUGUCCUACCCCACACGAAUGACACCUCACCUGGGUACCAACCUGAUCGCUCUCACAUGGCUUCUUAGUGUGCUUCAGAGCACCCCGCCGCUUUAUGGAUGGGGAACCAUCGAAUUUGACCGGCGCCACAACGCUUGCACUGUUGUGUGGUCCUCAAGCUACUCGUAUUCAGCCCUGGUGUCCUCGCUUUCAUUCUGGCUGCCUGUGGUGAUCAUGCUUUGCUGUUAUUGGAUGGUGUUCAGGGCAGCGAGGCGGCAGAACGCUCUCGUUCACCCCAUCCAAUCCAACCCCCCUCCAGAUUCUCAAGCAUCCUGUUCCAGUCCCCAAAGGCAUCCUCAGCCGGAAGGCCCGUUUUCAGCCACUUAUCCCAUCAGGACCCGCCAUAGACGCUUCCACUAUCAUUGUAAGGCUGCGCGGGUGGUGUUCGUCAUCAUGGCGUCCUACGUGCUCAGCAUGGGCCCGUACAGCGUCCUGAGCACGAUAUCCAUUUACUCAAGUGCAGCAGUGCCGCCCUGGUUGGCCUCGAUGGCGCUCAUUCUCUUCUUCCUGCAGUGCUGCUUACACCCCUACAUCUACGGCUACAUGCACCGCAGUGUACGCAAGGAGUUCCUGGCGCUGCUCUGCGGACCGCUGUGUGGGCAAGGCCGGAUCAUUCGGGGCUCCGCGGUGGACAGCUGCUUCACGGUGACGGAUGGACGCCUGGCACACACCCACCUCUCAAGCCAGGCUGCCCGUGUGUGUCCUCUCCGAACCUGGGAGGAAGGCACCACGUCUUCUUCCCCUACAGAGAGGAGGUCCAAAGACAGCCGUAAGGAAACCACCUCCAUCAGUCUGAGCUCAGAGAAGGAGCUCACUGUAAACAGCCACACCAACAAUCAACCUGAGGAAACACCUACAAGCAAAUUCUGA